AUGAGGAUCAACCAGACAUUCCUAGAAGAAUUUAUCCUCGUUGGCUUCUCAGUCUACUCAGAGUGGCAAAUUGUGUUCUUUGUUUUCUUCUUUUUUCUCUACCUUUUCACCCUUACUGGCAACUUGGCCAUAAUGGCCCUCACCUGGAUGGACCAUGCCCUCCAUACCCCCAUGUACCUCUUUCUUGGUGCCCUCUCCUUCUCUGAGACCUGCUACACAUUAACCAUAAUCCCCAAAAUGCUGGUAGACCUGUUGGCCAAAGAUAGGAGCAUUUCUGUCCCAGGCUGUGGCCUCCAGAUGUGUUUCUUCCUUGGACUUGGUGGCACCAACUGUAUCAUCCUCACGGUGAUGGGUCUCGAUCGAUUCCUGGCUAUCUGUAACCCUCUCCACUAUCCCACGCUCAUGACCAACAAAGCAUGUGGGCAGCUUGUGGCUUUGGCUUGGAUUGGUGGCUUUUUUGUCUCCUUCACAGAGACAACUUUGAUCUUUUGGGGAUCUUUCUGUGGCCCCAAUCUCAUUAAACACUUUUUCUGCCACAUGCGAGCAGUGAUCAAAUUAUCCUGCCUAAAUAGUAAUAUCACAGAAGUUAUUGUCACAGUUAUUUCAGUGUCUGGUUUGCUGGGGACAUUCCUAUUCAUCAUUCUUACGUAUGUGUUCAUUCUCUCUACGGUCCUCAAGAUCCCCUCAGCUGAGGGGAGGAAGAAGACCUUCUCCACUUGUGCCUCCCACCUUACUGUGGUCAUCAUUCACUUUGGCUUUGCUUCCAUUGUCUACUUGAAGCCAGAGACUCAAGAGGGAGAUGACACCCUCAUGGCUGUUCCCUACACUGUUGUCACACCCUUCCUUAGCCCCAUCAUUUUCACCCUGAGAAACAAGGACAUGAAAAAUUCUUUGAAGAGAGUAUUGGGCAAGAAAGUUGCCUUAACCAAAUGA